AUGGAUUCUGCGGCGCAAGCAAGAUUCGAUCUCAUCAAUUCGAACCUCGCCGAGUUCCUCAAUCCAGAGAUCAUCCAGGACAUAUUGAAAAGCGGACGCAAUCCUAGGGUGUACUGGGGCACAGCAACCACCGGUCGCCCUCACAUUGGCUACUUUGUGCCAGCGCUAAAGAUCUCGCAGUUGCUCCUCGCAGGCUGUGAUGUGACGAUUCUGCUUGCUGAUGUACACGCCUUUCUCGAUAAUUUGAAAGCGCCGCUCGAGCUAGUGGAACAACGUUCGAUUUACUAUCGAAACAUCAUCACUGCUAUUCUUCAAGCUGUCGGGGUUCCUACCGAAAAGCUCGAAUUUGUUCUUGGUAGUUCCUACCAGAAGAGUCCUGAUUAUGUGCUUGAUGUGUACAAAUUGUCUUCUUUGAUCUCCGAAGGUCAAGCCAAGAAGGCGGGUAGUGAGGUCGUUAAGCAGACUGGCAAUGCUCCGUUAAGCGGACUAUUGUACCCAGUUCUUCAAGUUCUCGAUGAGCAGCACUUAAAUUGUGAUGCUCAGCUCGGCGGAGUGGAUCAGAGGAAGCUCUUCACCUCAGCGACGGAAUGGCUCCCUAAACUUGGAUACCGCAUUCGUGCCCACCUUCUAAAUCCUAUGAUGGCCUCCUUAUCCUCCGGGAAGAUGAGCUCUAGUGAUAACCCAGAUAGCAAAAUCGAUCUCCUCGACUCGGCCGAAAGUAUCACAAAGAAAAUCCGGAAGGCAGAGUGUUUCCCCAAGAUCGUCGAAGACAACGGUGUACUUUCCUUGGUCGAGCACAUUCUGUUGCCCGCAGCUGUCCUUAAGGGCCACGGAGAAUUCCGCGUCGAGCGCAAGGACGCUGAACCUCUGGUCUUUACCGAUAUUAAGCAGAUGCACGAUGCUUACGCAGCUGAUAUUUUGACACCACAGCUGCUUAAGCCUGCUGUCUCGGCUGCCAUGAUUGCCCUUAUGGCCCCUAUUCACGCCGCUUACACAGCCUCGCCUGAAUGGCAGGAGGUAACAUUAAAGGCUUACCCGCCUCCGGUUGUGCAAAAGAAGGUCAAGAAGGUCAAGGAUAGAGGCUCUCGCUUCCCCGGCGCAAAGCAAGAAGAGACAGCCCAGCCUUCGGAGCAAGAGGCCGCUCAACCUUCAGAGCAAUAA